AUGACGAGAGGAGCUACGUCAAGAGGGGCAUUUUCUAGAGGGACAUCAAGUGGAAGGGGACAGUCAAGGAAUGUCCCACAAGGAAGCCAAGUAUCAACUCCUGGGCAUAAGAUUUCUAAGAAUGAGAUUUCUGUAGACCUAACUAAGGUUGAUGCCGUUACUCAAUGGAAACAACCAGAGACCCCUAUGGAGAUUAGAAGUUUCUUGGGUUUAACGGGAUAUUACUGUCGGUUUAUUAAGGACUUUUCAAGAAUUGUUGGGCUACUGACUAAUCUGACCAAAAAGCAUGGCAAAUUUAUGUGGAAUCCUAAGUGUGAAGUUAGUUUUCAAGAGUUGAAGAAGCGUUUGACAAUGGCCCCGAUAUUGACAUUACCUAAUGAGAAGGAAAGAUUUAUGGUUUAUUUAGAUGCCUCUAAGGAAGGAUUGAGUUACGUUUUGAUGUAA